AUGUAUAAUAUUUAUUCAAAACGUAUUAAACAAGAAGAUAAAAUAACUAUUGUUUAUUGUAUUAAUAUCGAUUUAGUUAUUUUGAUUUACACAGGAAUAACAAUUUAUUUUAAUAUUGAAACAUUAUUAGGCGAUUUAUAUGGAUAUAAUUUCAAUUCAUCAUGGUGUAUAUUCUUAGGUUAUUUUUCUCCUGUUAUUCUCGCUACUUUGUAUUGGAGUUUUGUUGAUCAAGCUUUCUUUCGACUUUGUCGAAUUGUAUAUUCAACGAAAAGAUUCUUUCAACAUUUGUAUCUAUAUCUUAGUAUAUUUCCUAUUCAAUUUAUUUUAAUUUGUCUUCUAACAAGUCCAACAUAUUUUUGGCAUGAUGUUGAAUAUUUAACAACAGAAUAUUAUUGUUAUGUUCCAUAUAUUAAUUUCCGUAGUAUUAUUUGGCUUGCAUUUAUUUGUUAUGGAAUUCCAAUAAUAUUCUUAGCAUUAAUGUAUUUACAUAUAACAAUAUUUCUUCGUCGACAAACAAGUAAUCAAAGACUUUUAAUUAAACAACGACAAGAUCGAGAUUUAUGUGUUAUUCGACGUAUUGUAAUAACAAUUUGUUUAUUAUUAGCACUUGGAAUUCCAGCUAUUAUUCUUUUAAUAAUGUUAUUUAUCACAGGUAAAGAAUAUCCACUUCUUAUGCGUAUCGAAUGGUUUUUUGUUAGUUUAUCAAUGUUUGGAUUAACUUUAUUCACGAGUGUUUUUACGCCUCAACUCAAAAACAUUAUUUUUAAAAUAUUUCAACAUAAUCGAAUCACAAUUAGAGGUGAAGGUGUUCCAGGUUUAAUUCCAAUGAGAUGA